AUGCGAGUGCAUUUGGUCCAUGUACGUGACGGUUUGACACUGCGAGAGGCUGUUAACGAACCAGAUGGCACUGCUAUUUUGGCAAUUUUCUUCGCCCUUGGACUUAACGGCAACGCCCUGUCGUCUAUAUCGCCUGCAUUGGAUAAAAUCGUUCUGGCUGGAAAUCAAACCACUUUAUCGGAAUUUCGUCCUCGUCCUCUUCUUCCACCAGACACUGACGCCUUCUACCGUUACGAGGGAAGCGUCCCCACUCCGAACUGUGAUGAAGCCGUCAUCUGGACUGUUUUUGGCGAACCGAACGAAAUAACACAAGCACAGGUAUACAAGUUUUUAGAAGUUCGAAUGGGCGAGAAGUUACAGAGCAUCUACAAUACAACAGUGGUCUACCGAUCACCCUUAGAGCCGGCCCCGGCAAUGAUCGAGCAAAAUUGA